CGAUAAACAUUGCGACGUGACCCGCAGAGCUCCUCAGUGAGGCAAUAGCACGUCAGCGGGAGGGAGGCCGAGUGUAGUCCACAGUUGAUCUUAUUACCACAAGACUGGAAUUACCCGACAACAUUAAAGACACGCAAACUUUUACGGCGAAGCAGUGUCCCGUUCAGAAAGGAGAAGACGCUGUCCUGUCGCUCUGACGUCUGCCAUUACCAACGCAUUCCCGCUAGCCGUGGCAGCUAGCGCGAGCUAGCUAAGUUAGCUGUUACAUACCCUCGUUUUUACACGCAGCUGACCUCCACCACAACACAGACGUGCUGAGUAACAUUUGCUUGCUACGACGGGGUUGACAUUCCCCCGUCUCUUCACUUACGUUCCCGUUGCCCCCCGUGUGGUGCCCCGUGGACGGUUCCCGAAUAUGAUCCACAAUGAGUCAAAGAGAUACCUUAGUUCAUCUGUUUGCUGGAGGAUGUGGGGGCACGGUAGGAGCCAUAUUGACUUGUCCUCUGGAAGUAGUGAAGACCCGUCUCCAGUCAUCCUCCAUCACCCUCUAUGUGUCUGAGGUUCAGCUCAGCACUGUCAAUGGGGCCAGCGUGGCCCGCGUGUCUCCACCGGGCCCCCUGCACUGUCUCAAAUUGAUAUUGGAGAAAGAGGGACCUCGCUCUCUCUUCAGAGGCUUGGGGCCAAAUUUGGUGGGUGUGGCACCUUCCAGAGCAAUCUACUUUGCUGCUUACUCCACUGCCAAAGAGAAACUGAACGGUGUGUUGGAACCUGACUCCACACAGGUGCACAUGGUGUCGGCUGGAAUGGCAGGUUUUACAGCAAUCACCGCAACCAAUCCAAUAUGGCUCAUAAAGACGCGUCUACAGCUGGAUGCAAGGAAUCGAGGCGAGCGAAGGAUGAGCGCUUUCGAGUGCAUGCGUCAGGUGUAUCAGACAGACGGCUUUCGGGGCUUCUACAGAGGGAUGUCGGCAUCCUACGCCGGCAUCUCAGAGACUGUGAUCCACUUUGUGAUCUAUGAAAACAUUAAACGGCGCCUCCUGGAGGCCAAGGCACCACAGAACAUGGACGAGGAGGAGGAUUUGACAAAAGACGCUUCAGACUUUGUGGGGAUGAUGCUUGCUGCUGCCACCUCCAAGACUUGUGCCACAUCUAUUGCUUAUCCUCAUGAAGUGAUUCGCACGAGACUACGCGAAGAAGGCACCAAGUACCGCUCUUUCUUCCAGACUCUAACGACAGUGCCCAAAGAGGAGGGCUUCCGCGCCCUGUACCGCGGUCUCACCACCCACCUGGUACGCCAGAUACCCAACACGGGCAUCAUGAUGUGCACCUACGAGCUGGUAGUCUACCUCCUGAACGGUUAAAGCCUCCCCACCUCACCCCCUCCUUUGAGACACUUUAUGUAACCCUGCGCCCAUUUGGAGAAAGGAGACCCAGAGCACCUGCACACCAGCUAGCACAGCUAACAGCCUGCUUCCAGAGACAGCACCUCGACUGCUGUCUCGGUGACACAAGACAACACGAGUGGUCGUUCAUAAAAAAAGUCGGGAGUUUUGUUGUGUAGACAAAGGAGUAUCAGAAAGAUCUUUGCAUUGGUUCGGGCAUCGAGGUUUAGCAGUGACAAAGAAGUAGAUCCCCUAUUUUCACUUUCAUUCCAUCCUUUUCUCCAUUCUGACAUAAACCUUCUUCCUUAUGAAGAAAGAAGCUAACUUCCAGUAUAUUCUGUCUCUUAACAUUACUAAUAAUGAAGCUCCGUAAUACCAAGUGAGCAUAGGACCAUCUUAAGUAGAAAGCUUAGAUCCAAUCCUGAUGAUCGCUUUCUUUUAAAAUCACUUUAGUUCUAGCGCAUAGUACUCCACACAUCCCUCAGAGAACCAGCAGAAAUGCAGAAUACAAAGGCCCCGAAGUCAGUAGCUCAUCUCGAUGUGCAUCACAGAGGUUCUGAGAGUGAGGAGGAGUCGGGGGUUUGUGGCUCACAGAGGGGCGGAGGGAGGUGGAUGGAAGAAGACGUGCCUUGUGUGAAGACUGUUGAGCAGCUGGAGAUGCAUCUCUGGCUGAUCUAUAAUAACAAAAAGUCAAGUCAUACACUGGUGUUGUUUGAUUUCAGGUGCCCUCAGUCAGUUAUUACAUAUCAUGAAGGUAAAUGCAGUCACCUUCCUCACACUGACUCUGAUAUCAUCCAAAUGGUUCAAUUCUGUAAACUCACCAAACUAAACAACAGUAUAAUCCACCGCUCUAACUGCUGCUGUGGUUCAUGGUGUGAAGUAAAAAACAGUAGAGGUAACUAAGCUUAACAGACUGUGUCAUAGAUGCAGAUAAAUAUAUGAAAUAACUACCUAACGUGAUUGUAUUUGUCGGGCCAAUUUAGUCAAGAUGCAGACGUGUAGUGUGUUUUCUUUACUGGAGCACAUGGUAGUUGUUACCUUUCUCUCAGAAAACGUUAUUGUUCUAAUAGCGCUUUUCUUUCUCCAUAGUGCUCAUCUCAUUGUAUUAUAAUUUUUUUUCCCUUAGCUGGAAAAUCCAGGCUAGUUUUCCAGGCGAGGACAAUCCUCUUGAGUUUACACUGGAACACUUGUUGUACAGCUUAGCCAGCAGGUGGAGGAGGUUGGCCAGGAAUAUUCUGUGUCAUAAAACGCA